UGUUAACAAGAGCUGAAGUGAAAGUCUGCGCUCGCACUGACCAUCAGUCGUCAUUCAGACACCAUGAAGUCUGCAUCUGUCUCCGUGCUGCUCGGUGUGUGUGUGCUGCUGCUGUCUGCACUGACUGUUUCUGCAGUCUCUCUGUCUGUCAGUCCAAACCUUCAGCAGUUCUUCAGUGGAUCUUCUUCAGUGUCUCUGAGCUGUGUUGAUGAUGGAGAAACAGCUGAUGGAUGGACGGUGAGGAGCACCAGAGGAAACCAGACUGGUGAGUGUGGAGCAGCUGAAGACUUUGGGAGACUUGAUGGUUCCUCCUGUGUUCUGGACUUCAAAACAACCUUCACUGCAAAUUGCUGGUGUGAAACCAGUUCUGGACAGAAGAGCAACGAUGUGUCCGUCAGUGUUUCAGACAAAGGUGUGAUCCUGGAGAUCCCUGCACUUCCUGUGAUAAGAGGAAGUGAUGUCACUCUGAGCUGCAGACAGAUCAAUGGUGACACAGUGGCAGCUUAUUUCUUCAUGAGUGGACGUCUUCUCGGGUCUGGAUAUAAGGAGCACAUCAUCUCCAACGUGCAGCAGGUUAAUGAGGGUCUCUACUGGUGUGCUACUGAUCUCACUGGACCAUCUCCUCAGAGCUUCCUGAGGGUCAGAGGUCCUCCUACAACCUCUGUCAGAUCUUUCAUCCGUCCUCGUCAUAUGGAGACCAUUCCCUCCACCUCCACUCUUCCUCCUCCUCCUUGUCCCACCGACUCUUCCUCUCCUCCUCCUCCUCCUCCUUCUUCCUGCGUGUCUUCUUUCAGAAUUGUCUUCCACCUGCUGGUCUUCUGUCCAUACUUCAUCACGACCGGUCUGCUGCUGUCCAUCUGCUUGGACAGGACCUCAGCCAUGAGCUCAGGAAACACACCUGCUGUUACCAUGGGAAUGACCCAGCUGGCUGAAGACAAUUAUGACAUCACUGUUGAUGCCAUCUCGGAGUGCGAGUCCUCUGAUUACUUUGAAUGAAGCAGCUUGAGUGUUUCUGUGACUUCUGUCUGAAUCUGCUGAUCUGAAAUCUGUCUGGAAGCUGAAGGAAGCGUCCGUCACACAGGAAGCUCCAGCUUCUCGUUUCUCUGCGCGCACACGUGAUUCUGGUUUCUCCCAUUCCUGCAGACGCUUCCUGAAAGCAUCAUUUGUUUAUGAAAUUUGACCUCAGAAAUGUGUCACUGGUUUCCCCAAAACACCAAACAGGCUGGACUUUGGUCCCGAUUGUUCCUCCAGUUUCCGCCCUCUGUGUGAUGUGACGCUCCUCCUGCUUUCACAGAGCAGCCUCUGAGGUUAACAGUGAACACCAGACUCUGAUUCAUACUUUGACUUAUACCUGAUGCCACAGACGCCACUCUGUUAGCAGCACUUUGCUUAAAGGGACAGUUCACCUUGUUUGUUGUUGGAACUAUUUUCUCUGUAUUGUCUACAUCCGCCAGCCCAAAGAAGGCAACAUCACAGCUUCUAAAGCUUAUCGUAGAGAACUGAAACUAAACUGGAGGCUGAGGGUGGGCGUGAAGGGGAGAGUUUAAUGAAGUGAAAACUAGAAAACU